CCGGGGGAAGCUGGCAGCUUUAUUAGGCUCGCACGUCGCCGUCGCUUCUUCUGCGCCGCCUUUGUCGUUUUCUCUGAGGACGGUGUGGACCGACGGUACCGGUACCUCCUCGGUUCGCCGUUAAAGCAGCGCUUGGCAGACAAUACAGCGCGAGGCCGGCUCGCUGCGCGCCUGUUUGGAUUCCUCCACAGCCGCCUCGGGCUUCCACGACCUGCCAUGGUCGUUGUCACUGCGUACGAAUAGCGUCUUCGGCCGUUGUUUUAUGUGUUAGACUUCUGUCGUCUGUGGCUCAGAUUCGGCUGAACGCGUUUGGUUUCUCGCUCGGCCUUCGAGCCCCGUCAGUGGAGGAUGUCUGCGUAGUGUUUCGAAUCUGAAAUCGGCUCCACGCUUCGCCAUUCAGCGCAUUCACCCUCUCUCUGUCCGCCUGUUUGAAAAGGGGGCAACACUGUAACACAACUCGGUACAGGCUGUAAGGCUGUCUGCUCUCGACCUGCAUCAUGUUCAGCUGGCUGGGUACCGACGACAGGAGGAAAAGGGAUCCUGAGGUGUUCCAGACCGUCAGCGAGGGACUCAAGAAGCUGUACAAAACCAAGCUGCUGCCUCUGGAAGAGCACUACAAAUUCCACGAGUUUCACUCUCCGGCUCUGGAAGAUGCAGACUUCGACAAUAAGCCCAUGGUUCUCCUGGUGGGCCAGUACUCCACCGGCAAAACCAGCUUCAUACGAUACCUCCUGGAGCAGGACUUCCCAGGCAUGCGGAUCGGUCCAGAGCCCACCACGGACUCCUUCAUAGCCGUGAUGCAUGGAGACAUAGAGGGGCUUAUACCAGGGAACGCUCUGGUGGUAGAUCCUAAGAAGCCUUUUCGGAAGCUCAACGCAUUCGGCAAUGCUUUCCUCAACAGGUUUGUGUGUGCUCAGCUGCCGAACCCUGUUCUGGAGAGCAUCAGCGUGAUUGACACUCCAGGAAUCCUGUCUGGAGAGAAGCAGAGGAUCAGCAGAGGAUAUGACUUUGCCGCAGUGCUGGAGUGGUUCGCAGAGCGCGUCGACCGGAUCAUCCUCCUUUUUGAUGCCCACAAGCUAGACAUCUCAGACGAGUUCUCCGAGGUGAUCAAGGCCCUAAAGAACCACGAGGACAAGAUCCGCGUGGUGCUCAACAAGGCCGACCAGAUCGAAACGCAGCAGUUGAUGCGAGUCUACGGCGCCCUCAUGUGGUCGCUGGGCAAGAUCGUUAACACGCCUGAGGUGAUCCGGGUCUACAUCGGUUCCUUCUGGUCGCACCCGCUGCUCAUCCCUGACAACCGCAAGCUGUUCGAAGCUGAGGAGCAGGACCUCUUCAAGGAUAUCCAGUCACUGCCACGCAACGCCGCACUCCGCAAGCUCAAUGACCUCAUCAAGAGGGCCAGGCUCGCCAAGGUACAUGCUUACAUCAUCAGUUCCUUGAAGAAGGAGAUGCCCUCGGUCUUCGGCAAAGAGAACAAGAAGAAAGAACUGAUUAACAGUCUGGGAGAGAUCUACAGCCGCAUCGAGAGGGAGCAUCAGAUUUCUCCUGGAGAUUUCCCCAACCUCAAAAAAAUGCAGGAGCAGCUCCAGGCUCACGACCUGAACAAGUUCCAGCCCCUGAAGAUGAAGCUGCUGGACACCGUGGACGACAUGCUGGCCCAUGACAUCGCCCAGCUGAUGGUGCUGGUGCGGCAGGAGGAGACUCAGCGGCCCAACCAGGUGGUGAAGGGCGGAGCCUUUGAGGGCACCAUGAACGGGCCGUUCGGCCACGGCUACGGCGAAGGCGCAGGUGAGGGCAUUGACGAGGUAGAAUGGGUGGUGGCCCGCGACAAGCCCAUGUACGAUGAGAUCUUCUACACCCUCUCCCCUGUCAACGGCAAGGUGACCGGCGCCAACGCCAAGAAGGAAAUGGUCAAGUCCAAGCUUCCCAACACUGUACUAGGCAAAAUCUGGAAGCUGGCUGACAUCGACAAGGACGGCAUGCUGGACGAUGAAGAGUUCGCCCUGGCCAACCACCUCAUUAAGGUCAAACUAGAAGGGCACGAGCUUCCUAGUGAGCUUCCGGCCCAUCUGGUGCCACCAACCAAGAGAAAAAUACCAGAAUAAUGCGGGGCAGGAUAUAGGCGGCUGGGAGCUGGGUCACGUUUAGGGAAAGUGGCUGGUAGGAAUUUACCUUCUGGAAAUCGUAUGGAGAAUUAAAGACAUGAUUACAGUAACGAAAUGCAUUGACUGCUGAAUUCUGAGGCUAUGCCUAGGACAAGGAGUGGAUCGCAACAUGUAUGCUAGCUCUUUUGGCAUGUGUAUGGUUUUGUUUUAGUUUGUUUUUGUUUUUUUUUUUUUAACAAACAAAUCAUGCUCACUACAAAGUUUGUUAAUGAUUCAGAUGUUUUGAGUGAUUCUGGACCGACAUGUUCAUGCCAUCAAAACGUUUCAUGCUGUCAAACUUUUCAGAUACUCCGCUUUUCUGUUGAGCAACCAUAGCUAAAGAUUUAAGACGAGCUGAAGCAUUAGACCUGUUUUAAAUGUGAAUUCUUCUUUCAUGCCAUUUAAUCAAAUAUGCAUCUGUGUCAGUAGAGUUGCGGCAUGUACUAAAGAAGAAGAAGAAUGUCAACCUCAGUCUUAAUUAUUCUUUUAUUGAUAGUUAUCCUCAGUAAAAUGACAAAAACUUUAACAGUGAGGAAAAAAAGCUUUUAUAAGUAGGUGUAGAACUAUAUUCUUCUUGUGAAGGCAGCAUCGUAAUGAAUGCAAGCCCUUUCUAGCCUGACCAAGAGACUGUUAAUGAUGUAUAGCCGUCAUGUCAGAGAGUUGGUAGACUUCUCUGUGUUUAGUGUAUGGAUGGACCUGUAGAGAUAGUAUCCUUGUCAAUAGUCUACUGUUUAAUGUUAAUCCCAAUAUAACGUGUUUUGGGGGUAUUUAGAAUACUUACUAAAUUCCAGCAAGGUUUAAAAAGGGGGUGAGGCAGCACUGACACAUUACAUUUCACUUAUUUAAUGCUUUUAUUAUUGGAACUGUCCUGCUUUUGUUCAUGCUCACUCUUUUGCACAAUGAACGUCUAUUAAUCAUUAGUCUUUGAGGCCAGAUGUGAUCUCAUAAUGAUAAUGCACAUCUGGGGACAGCUUGUUAAACUUUUGGUGCUGGAUUGCAGCAAAAUCCACCAUAAAGGGUGCAUGCGCACUAAAACCUACGCCCAAAGUUCUUGUCUGUGCAUUUUUAAUGUACAAUCGAUAACACAAGCAAAACAAAACAAGCUACCUGUCGUUAGCUAGCACACCUGUUUUUCCUUCGUAAGAGGUAGGGUUUGUUUUUAUGCUCUCUGCACACACAGCACCCACCUACAUGCUUAACUGGAGGUGUUACGGGGGACUUUUCAGCUAUGCUAACUUAUGUUACAUCCGUGGGCUAACGACAGGCCUGUUGUCAGUCUGACGAGCACAACAUCGCCCUCUUCUUUGAGCUCACGCUCAGUUUGUUACCAUCAUAAUUAAUUUAAAAUUUCUCAUUCUCAUUAUGAGGUCACGCCAGGCCCCACAAGACUGCUUAAUCACGUUUUACCUUAGAAAUAUCACUACUGUUUAAGGAACACCUACAGGUGUUCAGUCAGUUUCAUAUAUACUAUAGCAGUGUAUAGUUAAAAUAUGUAUCUUUGAUUGAUAUCAUUGUUUUGCAGUUUAGUUUCCUUAAACUGUUAAGCUUCUCAGAUGACAGGCCACGUUCCAGUCUGUGCUCUUUCACAAGAACCUGCAGGAUUUGUGUUUUGGGCUUUGCAAAGAGCUGACGUGAUGGGGCCUUUUUGUUUUUGUGCACUGAGGCUUGUAGCAUGGGCUCCAGCUGCUGAUGUGAAAGCACCAAGACACUGACAGGAGGGUCAGUGGAACGUCUGACCCUCCGAACCACAUUUACUCAGACAAGUCAGAAAUAUUUGUAAAUAUAAUCAAAGGUAAAUAUGUAUUCUUGCCGGUGAUCCCUGCCACAAGCCUGUAAGAGAGUUGAUCAGAGCAGUGCGACUGUUUCAGUUUCUGAUGUUUCUCUUCUUUUUUUGUGCUUUACCACCCUCACAGUCAUCCAUGUUAAAAAGUCCGAUAAAUGCCUCAGUACACCAGUGUGAUCUGCUAUGUCACCCAGAGAGCCAACCAUGUGAACAAGAAGGCUCAAAAAAACACUGAUUUAUGCUCUUCAUGUUCAUUCUGUCUGUGUGAGUGAGUGAGUGCGUUGCAUAUGUAUGUGUGGCCUCGGCCUGCGCACGAGUGAGGAUAUAUAUUUGUGUUUACAGACAUAUUGUAAAGUGUUUCUGUAUUCACGUGGUUGUCGCGUAGAAAAAAAACAUGAUCUACCAACAGAUGUUCCAUUUAUGUUUUACCAAUGCUGAAUAUCUAAGUGAUGAAACAUUGUGCUGUCAUGGGGAGGUUGGCCUCAAACAACUAUAAUAAAAACUUAACCCAUUUAAAGAGC